AUCUCGCCGUGUCCCUCGGCGGCAGCCGUCGCGGGCGGGCGCGUUGCGAUGGCGCUGUGGCUGCGGUGGGGCCGCGGCCCGGAGCGCCGGGCGGCGCAGCGGCGGGAGCUGGAGGCGCGCAGCCGGCAGCAGUGGGAGARCACCAGCCGCGCCUUCGCCCGCGCCGCCGUCUGCUGCUCGCAGUAUGCGCGGUGGACCGAGCCCCGCGUCCCCCCGCCCAGCGCGGCGGCGGCGCGGAGGGACGCGGAGGAGGCGGCGGCGCGGCUGGAGCGGCGGCGGGAGCGGCUGCAGUGGCUGCUGGGCGAGGAGCAGGAGGCGCUGGCGGCGGAGCUGCGGGAGCGRCGGCGGGACGGGAUGCGGAGCCGGGAGCUGCGGGACGGCCCCGGGGAGUGCAGCAGGAAGUUUGCUGAGCCGCUGCUGCACGAACACUGGAACAAAAACAAGGCGGAGCACCAAAAGGCGGAGUCGGAGCUGCACAGGAAGCAUGUGGGAGAGGCUUGGGGUGAUCAGCUAACACAGAAAAACAAGGAAGAGGCGACCGAACCAGAAGAGAAGAAAUGUUAUGAAAACGAGUCCGAAACGGUGCGAGGGGAAGCACCAGAGAGAAUGAGACAGGACGAAGAGAAGCAUCAGCUGGAGGAGAAGCAGCAAGCAGAGACRUUGCUUCCACAGAUAGAAGAACUGAAAUUACAGGAGACAAAGGCAACAAAGCUGAAAAAGGAGCAAGAGAAUUUAUUAAAGCAGCAGUGGGAGCUGGAGAACUUGGAAGAAGAAAGGAAACAAAUGGAAGAGCACCGGGGGAAGAAAGAGUUUGGUCGCUUUUUGAAGCAUCAGUGUGACCUCCAGUUAAAGAGACGAGCGCAGCAGAUACARGAAGAGCUGGAGACAGACAGGCAAAUCUUAUCAGCYCUCCUGGAGAAGGAAGAUGAGGAUCAGCGUGGGCACAUCGCGCAGCGGGAACGGACGGUGGCAGACGUGGCCUGGCUGAAGAGGGUCAUUGAGGAACAGCUCCAGCUGGAAAAGGAGAGGGAAGUAGAGCUUGACUCUAUGUUUAGGGAAGAAGCUAAAAAAAUAUGGGAAAAGAGGGAAGAAGAAUGGGAAAGAGAGAAGGUGGCCAGAGAUCGCCUGAUGAAUGAGGUCUUUGCAGGCCGACAGCGGCAGAUCCAAGAGAAGAUGGAGUUAAACAGACAGGCCCAAGARGAGUCCAUAAAGUAUCGAGAGCAGCUGAUCAAAGAACUCGAGGAGGCAAAGAAAGGGACUCCUCGGGAGAAGGAGCAGGAGGAGGAACUGCAGGGAGCCCACAGGAGGGAGCUGCAGCCUCAGUUCAACAGUUACCCAAGAGAAGCUUGGACCUGAGGAACAAGUAUGAGAUGCAGCUCCAGACUAAAGAAAGAAAACUCUGAAGACUCAAAGAACUCCAGAAAAAAAUGGUGCCUCUGGAAUAGCCUACAKUGUGACCAAGACUUGAGUCAAUAGGAAAACAUUUAGCUGGGGCCCAGCUGAAGAGGAGCAAAUCUCUACCAUCUUCAAGAAUGUGGAGGUGUGAGCAUCUUCAGAGAACUGAACUGCUUCACUUUGCAUUCUGGAGUAGUGCUCAUGUAUUUUAGUACGUGAGAGGCUGAGGCAAGCCAGCAAAUAAAAGUGCCCUGUGGACCUGAGCCAUGAAAGAAUCUGUGCCUCUGCAGGAACCGGAGCUGUGAAACACCAGGGGCUGUGUCAGACUCCCAUCUUGGAGAAUCAGGCUGUGCCUGGAUGUCCACUGGGCUUUUAGGRGUUAAUGAGUAAUGCACAUUGCAAAUCAGUCAGAUCAUGUGUGCUGUGGCAGCAGUGCUUAUCCAGUUCCUCUCCAGAAGGUGCUGGAAACAUCAUUAAACCUUGUUUUGCACUUGU